AUGCACCGUUUCAAGCUCUCCCUUCGGUUCCCCAAAUCCAUUUCCUCCAGUUACAGAGCCAUCCACGACAAAACCCAGUUCGAUAAUGCUGGGCCCGUGGCUUCGGUCCUCAAGUCCCGGGCGGUGGUCCGGUUCCGAGGUCCAGACACGGUCAAGUUUCUUCAGGGUCUGUUGACCAAAGAUGUAAGGAGGUUCGGUGAGGCCGUGGGUGAAAAGACCUCGACUUUGGCCACGCCCAAUUUGCCCACUGCGUCGGAAGCGCCCAUGUACGCCGCGCUGUUGACCCCCCAGGGGAGGUUCCUGUACGAUUUCUUCUUGUACGCCCCGCCCAGGCCCGAUACCAAGCUUGAUAAGACCGGGUCGGGACCCGGGCCCGACCCAGAUGAAGCGUUGGAGCUCUUUGCGGACGUGGAUGCUUCGGUUUUGGAUGAGCUCUUGAGCACCUUGAAGAAAUAUCGUUUGAGGUCUAAGGUUGAUAUCGAGAAUAUGGCAGAAGAGUUAUAUUGCUGGCAGCGUUUUGGGGGAAACCUCUCUGAAAAAUCUUUCUCUGUGGAAGAACCGGAGGCUGCUAGUGUUGGCUGGGGUGCUGGUGUUGAUCCUGCAGGAAUGUCAGCUUCACAUGGGGGUCCUCUUGGAUGGCAGUGGUUUGAGGAUCCUAGAUUGGAUUGCCUUGGUUUUAGGGGGAUCUUCCCAUCUAAUACUACACCACCUUUGGUUGAAGCUGACAAAGAAACAGAUGACCAGAAUUACCUUCUAUGGAGAAUAGAGAACGGAGUUGCAGAAGGCUCAACUGAGAUCCCAAAAGGUGAGGCAAUUCCUCUUGAAUAUAACCUGGUGGGUCUCAAUGCAAUUAGCUUUGACAAAGGGUGUUAUGUGGGCCAAGAGCUUGUAGCUCGCACACACCACCGAGGGGUGAUUCGCAAGCGCUUGCUUCCUUUAAGAUUUGUGAAGGACAGUGGAGAAGAAGCGGAGCAGGAAGUUGCCCCAGGAUCCGAAGUGAUAGAUAGUGUAUCCAAAAAGAAGGUCGGUACCAUCACCACUCAACUUGGUUGUCGUGGGCUGGGUGUCUUGCGUUUGGACGAAGCCUUCAAGGGAUCAAGUACAUUGACCAUACAAGGACAGAAAGAUAUAAAGGUUGAGGCUAUUAGACCACAUUGGUGGCCUGCUGAAUGGCUUCAAGAGCCUCAACAUCAAAGUGCAGCUGUUUAG